AUAGUCAUGAAUCGUCAGCGGAUGUGAAGGGAACAGCUCGUGGAUCUGUCAGACGGGCAGUGAAGGGUUAAUGUUACUGUACAGAUACAGGACUGUGUGGGGUGUCUAUAGGCUGCUCGUGUCCACUCGCUCCAUUACUCGCUGCAUGUUACUCUACUUUCCCCGUUCCCACAGUCGGCACCAAAGAAGAGCUCUGCGCCGGCUCUGCACACACCUCCUCCAGCAUGGAUGCGCUAAAAUCCGCCGGGAGAGCAAUAAUCAAAAGUCCCGGAGUUCCGCGGCACACAUGGGGAACGUCCAAACAUGAGAAGCUCCCAGAGAACUGGACGGACACCAAGGAGACUCUCCUGGAAGGGAUGGUGUUCAAUGUGAAGUAUCUGGGCAUGACUCUGGUUGGCCAGCCUAAAGGAGAAGACAUGGCAGCGGCUGCCAUCAGGAGGAUUGUGACCACGGCUCGGGCCAGUGCAAAGAAGUUUCGGAAAGUGACCCUCACUGUCUCCCCCAAGGGAAUCAUCAUCUCAGACACAGAGACCAAUGACCUCGUCGAGGACGUCUCCAUUUACAGAAUAUCUUACUGCACAACAGACAAAACUCAGGAUAAGGUCUUCGCCUACGUCUCCCAAAGCCAGUUCAAUGAAACUCUGGAGUGCCAUGCCUUCCUGUGCCAAAAAAAGAAAAUAGCUCAGGCUGUGACUCUAACAGUUGCUCAAGCUUUUAAAGUAGCUCUGGAUAUGUGGGAGAUCGCACAGGAAGACAAAAGCAAGAAAGUUCGCACAUGCUUUUCCUGUUCAGACCCUGAAUCUCAGCCUGAAUCUGAACCAAACAGUGUUUCAGAGGAGGAGAAGACUCGGGUUCUGAUGGAGCACAAACUGAGGAAGCCCUUCUUCCCUUCUUUCCUUUCACCAUCUCCACGCAGCAGCACCAGGAGACGGCCAAUCAAACACGACUCCUGGGAUGCGGAAGAUGGCCUCGAUGAUGCGUUUUCAAGCAAUAUGGAGGUGGAGGAGAUGGACGCAGGUAAGUGAGACUGGCGACGUCCCGCAGCAGAACCGUGUCUGAGGAUGCAGCUGUGAGUCCAGAGGAAGAUCUCCUGUCCUUCAGCAGUGAGGACUCCGACUGAACACACACACACACACACACACUUGUAUAUAUGGUUUACGGGGACUCUCCAUAUACGAAAUGGUUUUUAUACUGUACAAACUGUAUAUUCUAUCCCCCUACGCUACCCCUACCCCUAAACCUACCAUCACAGAAAACUCUCUGCAUUUUUUGAAUUUCAAAACAACACUUUAGUAUGUUUUUUAAGCCAUUUGGUUUACAGAAGGUGUCCCCAUAAAACAUGUUUACGUUGUUAUACCCAUGUCAUUAUACACGUGUCCUCAUAAACCAUGUACACAAGAACACACACACACACACACACACUGACACACUCACUCUCUAACCAGCCUAUCAGAACGUGUCCUGAACACAACACACCGUUCAGCUCCUGCCUCAGUGAUGGACUUACUCACUCCACUGCCACUCAAAACAGUCCCACAAUAAAGCAUCACAGACGUGCAUGAUUCAUAA